AUGGAGUUCACUCCCGAGAUGCUGGCGAUGCCAUCGACGCUUGCAGACAAGCCAUACAAUGACUUGCAAAUCGGAACCUUCAUUGGUUUUGGCGUCACAUACUUUGUUGCCACCCUCUUUUUGGUCUUUAGAUAUAUGCAGGCCUUCAAAAUCACGAAGAAGGUUGAGUUGGAUCUAAUUAUCCUCACGAUAUCAUGGGUCUUAGCACUGGUGUAUUUCAUCACCAUGUACCAAUUGAUGGCAUUCGGCUGGGCCCGCCACACCGAUGAACUAGUGCCCAUCGACUUUAUCAACUUCAACAAAGGCCUGCUCCCCAAUACCCUCACCUACCUGAUUACGCCAGCCGUCACCAAAAUGGCCAUGUGCGCCGUCCUCUAUCGCAUCUCCCCCUCGCGCAUGUAUCGUCUCAUCGUCAUCGGCAUCGCCGUUGCCAUCUUCAUCUACACGCUUGUUCUGACCUCCAUCACCGGCGGGCCCUGCAACCCCCUCAAGACGGGAACUACCAAAUGCCUCGAGAACGUCGCCCUUUCCCAAGCCGUGCUCAAUAUUGCCUCCGACCUGGCCGUCAUCGCCGUCCCCAUUCCUACUAUCCACAAGAUCCAAACCUCGCUCAAGCAAAAGUGUCUCGUCGGCGCUCUGCUCUGCCUCGGCUCGGGCGUCGUGGUCUGCUCCAUCGUCCGCCUGCCGCAGGUCCUCGCCCUCGACACCUCACCCGGCUCCACGGUCGACAUCACUUACGAAGAGGGUGUUUUGGGAGUGUGGUCCAUUGUCGAAGUCAACCUGGGUAUUGUCUGCGGAUGUGGGAUGAGGCUUAAGCAGCUCAUUGUGAGGUAUUGGCCAAAAUUGGGCAUGGGCAGCUGGGGAAGCUCGGCGAAGAGGAGUCAGGCUACGCAUACGACGAGCGGGAUGCGGACGGGCGAGUUUGGGAAUGGUGGUGAUGGUGGUGGACAUGUGCAUGGCACGAAGCAGGAUGGGAAGUAUCAGUUGCAUUCUAUCCAGAAGGGGAACAAGGAUCAGACGUUUGUUACUGUGGAGGAUGGGGGGAGUACGGAUAGCAUUUUGAGGUGA